AUGGGAAAUACUUCAGACACAUCUGCUGUUUUUGCCUCCACCAUCUCCAAGGAGCACGACAUCCUCAUGGGUUCACUCUACAGUGUCUUUUGUAUCCUGUCCCUCCUAGGAAACUGCAUUCUGUUACUUGUUGCAUAUCACAAGCGAUCAACCUUGAAACCAGCAGAGUUCUUCAUCAUCAAUCUCUCCAUCAGUGACCUUGGGAUGACGCUCUCUUUAUUUCCACUGGCAAUACCGUCAGCUUUUUCACACAGGUGGCUGUUUGGAGAAAUCACCUGCCAGCUCUAUGCUAUGUGUGGAGUGCUGUUUGGUCUAUGCAGCUUGACAAACCUCACAGCGCUCUCCUUAGUGUGCUGCCUUAAAGUCUGCAUCCCUAACCAUGGUAACAAGUUCUCCUCGUCACAUGCCCGCCUCCUGGUGGCUGGAGUGUGGUGUUACGCAUCUGUUUUUGCUGUGGGGCCUUUGGCACAGUGGGGACAUUACAGUCCAGAACCUUACGGCACAGCCUGCUGCAUUGACUGGCAGGCUCCCAACCACGAGCUUUCGGCUCUGUCUUACAUUGUCUGCCUUUUCAUCUUCUGCUACGUGCUGCCCUGCACCAUCAUCUUCUUCUCCUACACUUUCAUUCUGCUGACGGUGCGGGGGUCACGUCAGGCCGUCCAGCAACAUGUGUCACCGCAGACCAAGACCACCAAUGCACAUGCUCUCAUUGUCAAGCUGUCAGUGGCAGUAUGUAUAGGCUUCCUGGGUGCCUGGACCCCAUACGCUGCCUUGGCCAUGUGGGCUGCUUUCGGUGACGCCACACGUGUUCCUGCUGCUGCAUUCGCACUGGCCGCCGUGUUUGCCAAGUCCUCCACCAUCUACAACCCAGUGGUCUACCUACUGUGCAAGCCCAACUUUCGUGAGUGUUUAUACAGAGACACGUCGAUGUUACGACAGAUGAUCUACAGGGGCAGUCCACAGUCUGAGCCUAAAGAACGCUUCGGAUCCACCUUACAGCGCAACAAAGAAGUGAGCAUCUCCACACGCUUCUCCAACGGACAGCAGGAGGGCUACGGGCUGUGUCUGCAGUGCACUGACAAUGCGACGCUGUGUCAUGUGACUGCACCUCAAAGGACUGCCUGUAUCCUGACUGGAUCCACGUACACAGAGGUGACAGUAAGCCAGCUCUCAGCCAAACCACAGGCUGAUUUUCUCUAGUGCUACAACCUCCUCUUUCCAUAAAGCAAACAAGACAGGACAAAGAAAAAAGACAGCCAUUGCUGGGAUAAUGAAGGGCCUGCACAAGUUAUAACGUGUGUGUUUCAUCUCUGAUGGCAUCUUUCCUGAAAGACUUAAAUGACUCUUUCACUGUUAAUUGACUUAAUCUGAGAAAAUCUGUGACUGAUAUUUAUACUUGUAAUGUCUUGAUGUCUGUAUUUGUGUCAGCUUGUUUCCUGUUUUAUUGAAAUGUACCUGGAUUCCGACAGAGCAGAAAAUGAGAUAGGAGAACCCCUGCUGGCUUCAAGGUUAAUUAUGCAAAUGUGUACCUCUGUGUGCAGCGUGGGGACAAACAGUGUUUAAUAUUUGACCAGUGCAAAUAAAGCAAAUUAUACAUAAAA